AUGGCGUUACGGUUGCUCUCUAAGCAUCGUAUACUUUUGUCUCAAUCGAGUCGUUUCUAUGCGGCUGGAGCAGAUUUUCUUAAGGAUGUACCUCUGAUGAAUCGUGAUGGUAAAGUAAAUGUUGAGGAUCUUAAAAAUAAGGCAAUAAUUUUGUAUUUCUCGGCGGGAUGGUGCCCGCAUUGUCGGCUGUUCUCACCGAAACUUAAGAAAUGGUAUGAGAGUGCAGCCAAGAAAGAGGGUAUUGAAGUGAUAUGGAUUUCGCGUGAUAAGGAAGCAGAGCAUUUGGUCGAAUAUCACGAAAAAGCUUUACCGAACAUACCGUACAUUCCCUUUGGUGAUAAACAUAUCAAAGAAUUUCUUGAGGAUUAUGACGUGAAAACAAUCCCGCAAGCAAGACUCGUGAACAGUGAAGGCAGAGUAGUUGAGCCAGAGGCUAGAAACAGAAUACAGGAGGAAGGAAAAGAAGAUCCACAAAAGUUGGCUAGAAAGUUCGUUGAAAUGGUUUAG